AUGACAGCAACUGCAAGGGUGCAGGCUUGGGCUCAGUGGUUUGUGGGCAACUAUUACGUUGGCAAUCUCAUGGCUUGCGUGGUGCUGGUUGAUGCAGUUUGCACUUGGGUGGAUAUCGACGCCCGCGCAGCGAAGAUAGAUACCCCUCCUUUCUUCGUCUUCUUCUCUGACAGCAGCCUGGCACUCUACACAGUGGAAGUUGUUCUUCUCCUUGUGGGCAAGGGGCUCUUCGGUGUUCUCAAAGAUUGGAUGGCACUGAUGGAUGUCACCAUUGUCUUAUGUGGUUAUGUAGAGAUGCUCAUGAACGUCUUGGCCCCGGCAGACGUUGCUGCCACGCUUAGCGUCAUGCGCGCUUUGCGGUUAGCUCGCAUUUUCCGGUUGCUGCGGCUUUUCCGCCGAAUUAGAGCACUGCGUGAGUUGCAGAAGUUGGUCACAAUGAUGGCCACAUGCCUUCGCACUUUGGUCUGGUCGUUCCUGCUCUGCUUCGUCAUCAUGACAAUUUGGGCAAUGCUGAUAGUGGAAGUUGUGAAUCCAAUCAUAGAGGACAUGGUCAAAAACUCUCACGAGAUCAUCGCUGACUGCGAGUACUGUCAGACCUCAACACGCUCAGUUAUUGAUGCCAACCUGUUGCUGUUCAAAACGGUCAUUGCAGGAGACAGCUGGGGGCAAGUGGCGGUUCCUGUUAUACAGCGGAACCCAGAAACUGCAUUCAUUUUUGUGGGCUCUUCAUUGUCGCUGGUGUUCGGGGUUCUGAACAUCAUCGUUGCGGUUGUUGUCGACACCUUCGCUGAGGCCCGGCAGAAUGACAUAUUGAAUUUGGCCGAAGAGAUGGAGGAGGACAUUGAGAAGGACAGGGAAGCCUUGCAGAAGCUCUUUUCGAGGAUCGACAAGGACGGUAGUGGCCAGCUCUCGCUGGAUGAGUUAAUACAAGGCGCACGCCGGGAUCCAGUCUUCCAGAGCCGCUUGCGCGUAAUGGAUAUCGAUGAGAAUGAUUUGCAACAACUCUUCAGCAUGAUUGAUGUGGACGGCAGCGGCACCAUUGAAGUGGCGGAGUUCAUCGGUCCUCUUAGUCGAUGGGUGCAUGAUUCAAAGACAGCACCCAGAUUCAUCAAAUACAACAUGCUGCAGACCAUGCAGCUGCAAGAGGACCUGUACAGCCUGUCCAAGCACUACUUCAGUCAUCUCUCUGACCGGAUCGACCUGUUGACUGUAGGCCUGAAUAUCAUGAGAGGUGAGGGGUCCCAACCGUCUUCCAUGCAGAACUCGCAUAAUCUCUGCAAGUUCCAGCAAGUGACAGAGAAUGAUGAGGAGGAUUACAAGAUUGAGCAGCCUCACUCUUCCAGGAAGCCAGAGACACUUCAGCUCGCGCAUUGCUCGCCCACUCCUUCUGAAUCAACAACUUGUGAAGCAGAGCCAGAAGGCAGUCGCAAAGUUUUCGAGUCAAUGCAAGCAGAUGGAGUCGCUUUGGGGCAGUUGCUCGACGCCAUGGUCAUGAAGGUGGAGCUUGGGAUGCUUGAGAUGGAAAGCAGGCUGAAGCGAAAUUUUGCCGGCUUGCCAGAGGACGGUUCCAUGCCAGAUCUCAAAACCCACAAGCCUGCAGGCAAUCCUACAGGCUCGCAGGACAUGGCCUUCAGCCGAGCAGGUCUUUUCAAAUCCGUGUACGGAGACGGCAAAGGAAAACGGAGGUCUCGAAAAGUGGCCACGCAAGGUAUGGCGCAGCUGGCCUUCACCGAGGGGAUGAAGAGGCGAGCCGAGGACAUGGAGCGCGUGAUCUCAUCGUAG